UCCUGUGAUUUUCCAGUUACAAAAUGUCUGCAACUCCGCGAAAGCCUACUGCGCGGAAGACAGUAGUUCCGGUUAUGCGUGUUGCACGGCCGAGCAGAGAGUUAGCGGGGCUUCCGUUUGGUUAUUCGCCUGAAAGCGACGAGGCGCAGUCUUCUAGCCGCGUAACUCGAGCCCGUGUGUCUACUCGUUCCGCCGAACAACCUGUGUUUUCUGCUCAGUCCCCUGGACCGUCUGGUAUCCGAGCGGCAAUGGAGAGCCGUAAUUCUAAACAGCGUGCCAGUAAAAGUAAAGGCAAAGCGAUCUUGGAUGCCUUGCGUCGCCGCAACGAAAGAGCUAAACUUGCUGCACUCGCCCGUCGUGAUGCUGCUGUUAUUAGCCGAGGAAGACGCCGUGGCAAAUUCCCGACCGAUCCCGAUGUGGAGAUUUUGCAGCCAUCUCCUCCGAAAAGCCCACAGAAGAAGCAGAGUAUCGCUGUGCGACAGUUGGGCACUCCGGACCUAACUGAAGAAGAACCUGAGUCCUCGGAGACUCCGUCGGUGCGAGCAAAGCGAGACGAAGAGCAUCUGCAGAAAGGCGGAAUUUUGUAUGUGCCUUACGAUCCGAAGGCUCCGCGGCCGGUCUUCAAGACCAAGCAGACGGCUCGUAAGCGCGCGCAUUCUGGUGUGUUUCCACGGAUGGCUCUGGCUGACAAACAGGAGUUGGCCAAACAUCAGAAGACGGAUGCUGAAGCACGUCAGGCGAUUGUUGCGUCAUCAAGUGUGGAGAAUGAAGCGCCGCAACCGUCUACUUCGGCCGCUGCCCCGUAUUAUCUCCGCUCUCGUGGACAAAAGCGCAAGCGUGUAGAAAUGUCUCCAUCAUCUUCAUCGGAAAGCGGCAACUCUUCUUCGGAUGACGAUUAUGACAGCACUGUUGCUGUUUCUGAUGCUGAAAUCGCUGAUGACGAGGCAGAGGACAGCCAGAUUGAAACUGCUGGAUCUGGCCUGGAAGAAAUAGAUGUGGAUCCACUACCGUCUCUGCAGCCAGUUGUGCCGAUUGUUCUGCCUGUUCCAGCUACGGUUCAUGAGGAUUCACCCGAGAUCGGCGAGCCAAUCAUUUAUGUCCAACCGCAUUCCAAUGAAUUGUGAUUGUGCUCUGCCAUAUCACCUUGGCUAUUGUCUGUUCUUCGUAUGAUUUGUUCUUCUGUAGGUUAUUCUUUUGAUGUCAUGUAUUAUGAUCAUCUGCUCCUAUCGUUAU